CUCUUCUUAACUCUUUAUUAGUCCGGGCUAGGGUUUGGGUGCUGUCCUCGAACCUCUCGCUCGCCCUGUUGUCGAUGGCGAUCACCUUCUCCGAUCUCCACACUGAGGCUGGUCUGAAGUCCCUCGAGGAGUUCCUUUCUGGGAAGAAUUACAUCUCUGGGGAUCAAAUCACCAAAGAUGAUGUAAAGGUCUUCGCUUCAGUGUCUAAAAAUCCUGGCGAAGGGUUUCCCAGUGUGGGACGUUGGUACGAGACGGUUUCUUCGGCCCUUGCCUCAAGGUUCCCCGGCAAACCUCUUGGGGUGAAAGUUGUAGGCCAAGGUGCACUGGUAGCUUCAGAGCCUGUUGUGGAGGCUAAAAAGGAGGCAGCAGCAGAGGGGGAUGAUGACGAUGACCUUGAUCUCUUUGCUGAUGAAACCGAAGAGGAAAAGGAAGCAGCACAAGAGCGAGAAGCAGCUGUAAAGGCAUCCUCAAAAAAGAAAGAAAGCGGCAAAUCUUCUGUCCUGCUGGAUGUAAAGCCCUGGGACGACGAAACAGACAUGAAGAAGCUUGAGGAGGCUGUCCGCAGCCUUCAAAUGGAAGGCCUUCUCUGGGGAGCAUCUAAACUUGUGGCUGUUGGUUAUGGCAUAAAGAAGCUACAAAUUAUGCUAACCAUUGUUGAUGACCUUGUUUCGGUUGAUGACCUGAUCGAGGAACAUCUCACCGUAGAACCUGCUAACGAAUACAUUCAAAGCUGUGAUAUCGUGGCCUUCAACAAAAUCUAAACUCUCAGUAAUCUUUUUGAGAGUUCCAUUUUUACUGGACGGUAGGUAUUUCAGUGUUGAUUUUUUCCCCCUUGCAGCCCAGCAGCAUCCAUAUAUCUUUGGACUUGAAGAAGAAAAUAGAGACAUAUCCUGACUCAAUUAUGGGAAGGUUUUCCAAUUGAUUUAAGUAUGGAUGGAUGUCUUAUUUAUUUGGUCUUUAUCUUUACUCGUCACCCUCUCUUCUUCUUUGCUGUUCAAUGAUCUGUGAUUCUGAUUUGUCA